AUGAGCGCCAAAAAAGACAUGCGUCGUCCGGACCUAAUAAUACCCUACCAAGAACCCGCGCCCAAAGAAUCCGCAAGUGAUAUCGCAGGGACGCUGGCGAGUACCCUUCCUAUGGCUGCUAUGUUCACUCGCAACAAAUUCAUCUCCUGGGCCGCAGUCGUGCUAGCAAUCCAGAAUUGGUUGGGCGAGAGUCAGGAUACGAAGAAGACGACUAGUCAGCCGGCGUAUUUCUCGGUCGGGAUGUCGUGUAUGUAUUCCUGUACCUCUAAGGGAAAUGGGAAAAGAAAGAAGGAGAAGAACAAGGCUAAUGCGGUUUUAGUAAUGUCCUUGGCGGUUACUUAUUUACCUCUGUUUAUGCCACCGCCUGGGGGUGUGAAGACGGCUACGGGGACGGAAGCACCUGCGCCUGCGAGUUUGUGA